AUGGCCGACAUAGAUGACGAGCUUCUGGCUCUCGCGGGCGGCGGGGAGUCCUCUGAUGAAGAGGAGGUGAUGUCUGAGGCGGAGAGCAGGGCACAAUCGGCAUCACCACCGCCCAAGGCGGCCGCGAAAAAAUCUGUGGUAAAGAAGGCGAACAAGCGCGCGGGGGGAGACGAAUCGGAGGAGGAUGAGGAGGAAGGCGAGGCCUUCUCAGCGCCUGGCAGCCCCAACUCCAUUGGAUCCGCCGCCAUGGACGAGUCCGACUCGGAAGCCGAGCCGCAUAGAGCCGGUCACGACGAUGACGAAGAAGACAAGUACCCAGUCGACGGCAUGUUCAGGAGUCUUGCCGAGAAGGAACAGGUGAUGGCCAUGCGUGAGGUCGAGAGAGAAUCACUGCUCGCCGAACGCCAAGCCGAGAUCGAACGCCACCGACAGAACCGCAUGCUGCGCCAGCUUGUCAGCAAGCAGGAGAACGAGGAGAAGAAGCAGAAGUUGAAGAAGCGCAGCGCCGACGCCGCCGACCUCGAGGAUGCCUCGCGCAAGAACUCACGGCCGCGCACUGAGGGCAAGACGUCCGCGAUAGAUACGCUGCGUCGCGCACGCGCGGAGAAGAGCGACCGCGCCCGUCGUCGCGAGGAGGAUCGUCAGAAGGGGACCCGCUCGCCGCACGACGAUUACAGAGACCAGGACAGUGAUGAGGGGGGUGAUUGGGAGGAGCGCGAUCGCCGCCGCCACCACAAGUCGCGAUCGCCCGACGAGGAGAUUGUCGCGCGCGAGCUGCCGCCCCCUGAUAUCCGCGAUUUCGAGCGUGUCCGAGUCGGGAAGAGUCGCUUCGCUGAGUACUGCUUCAAUCCGGGUUUCGAGAGGGCUAUGAUUGGAUGCUAUGUUCGCAUCAGUAUUGGUCCCGACCCCAAGACCGGCCAAGACGAGUAUCGCAUGGCGCGUAUCCAAUCCAUCACUGUCGGCAAGCCAUAUGCCAUGACCGGUCCGGGUGCGCAGCGCGAGUACAACCGAUACGAAAAGGUCAUGCAGUCUGAGGGACUCACCCUCCCCAAGAAGCAGGUCCUUCUUAACAAGAUCGACGACAUUAACGCGCUCAUCUCUCAUCACCUCACGACGACGGAAAUUGACGAGCGUAUUCAGCGCAAGAACGCCCUGCGCAAAAAGUUCGACCCCAAGCUCCGCGAGCGUCUCGCCCAAGAGAUCGAAGUUGCGCGACUCAAAGGUAACACGAGCAAGGCGGAGGAACUGCAGGAACAGCUUGACGAUCUUAAGACGAACGUACUUGCGUUCAAGACGAGCCUCAGCGACUCGUCAUCGAAGCCGAGCACGACGUCGCAGCAGGAUCGCUUGGCCAACAUCAACCGCCAGCGCCGGCUCGAAAACGCCGAGAACGUCCGGAGGGCGCAGCUCAAGGAGAAGGCCGAGGCGCGCAAGCUGGAGGCGGCACUGGAGAGGGGCGAAGACAUCAAGAACGACCUCUCGCGGCGGCUGCGGACCAAGGCAAAGUUCAUCCACGACGCCAACGACGCCACUAAGAAGUCGUCGGGCAAGGACAGCAACGCGAGCACGCCCGCGAACGGAACGCCAAAGAUGGGGGCUCAGGAGAAGAACUUUCUGCCCAACCUGGCCAAGCUGCAGGCCGCGAAUCAGGAGAAGAAGGGCAUCCCGACCAUUCACAAGCCCCUUAUGGAUGAUGACAUUAUCGGAUCUUUGGACCUCGACAUCGACGUCGACAUUGACUAA